AUGUUCAAAACUAAAAAAUUGACUAACGAAAAGUUGGAUGUUCCUGAAGUAACUCAAUCUGAGGAAGGGCAAAAACAAAAAUUAUAUGUUGUUCUUGGAUCUGUAAAUAAUAUCUUGGGUCUCACAGGUAACAGAUUAUCACAACAAAAAUGGAGUGUUGAAAGUGUUCAUUCUAAAAACCUUGUAGCCAUUUUGCAUUUAUUGGUAUCACUAGCUCGUCAUUUUCGAGCACCAAUUCGUCUUCCUGAAAAUGUUACUGUCAAUGUAGUGAUUGUACAGAAACGUGAUGGAGUGUUGAAGAAUCGAACUGUAAUUGAAGAGAUCACAUCCAGGUACGACGAUCUCGGUAUGAGAUGCGAGCGUGAUGCUUUUGAUACAUUGUUUGAUCAUGCACCUGACAAAUUAGAAGUUGUUAAAAAAUCUUUGGUGACAUUUGUUAACAAACAUUUGAAUAAGAUUAACAUGGAAGUUCAAGAUUUAGACACACAAUUUCACGAUGGUGUUUAUUUGACAUUAUUAAUGGGAUUACUUGAAGGGUUUUUUGUGCCACUAUAUUCAUUUAAUUUGUCACCUCAAAAUUUUGAACAAAAAGUACAUAACGUCAAUGUAGCAUUUGAUUUAAUGCAAGAAAUUGGACUAGCUGCCCCCAAAGCUAGACCGGAAGAUAUUGUUAACUUGGAUCUGAAGUCAACAUUAAGAGUGCUCUAUAAUCUUUUUACUAAGUAUAAAAAUGUAUACUAAUCAAAACCAGAUAUAAUAUUUUAUAAUUGUUUAUUUUAAUUACAUUUAACAUAUAUUUAAGUGACACCAUCGUUAAUUAAACACAAGAGAUAUGCAUUUAAUGUACGAAAAAGGUAACUGUACUCUCAUCCAAUAAUUAAGCGAACUACAAUUAAUAGCUUGAAAAUUAAAAUUAUAAGUAUACUUUGGUGUUAUUUACUUUUUCUUUA